AUGUCGAAGGUUGUGAGGAGCGUGAAGAAUGUCACCAAGGGCUAUUCGGCAGUACAGGUGAAGGUCCGGAAUGCCACCAGUAAUGAUCCUUGGGGCCCAACGGGCACAGAGAUGGCCGAAAUUGCCGCUCUAACAUUCAACAGCCCGAAUGAAUUCUACGAAAUCGUGGAGAUGCUGGAUAAGCGGUUAAACGACAAGGGAAAGAAUUGGCGGCAUGUUUUGAAAUCUCUCAAGGUCGUGGAUUACUGCCUUCACGAAGGCUCAGAACAGGUAGUGACCUGGGCGACGAAGAACCUCUACAUUAUCAAAACUCUCCGUGAAUUUCAGUAUAUUGACGAGGAAGGGCGUGACGUUGGCCAAAAUGUCCGGGUUGCCGCGAAGGAGCUCACUUCUCUGCUGCUUGAUGAAGAGCGAUUGAGGAGCGAACGAUCUGAUAGAAAGCUAUGGAAGUCACGAUUCGCGGGCAUGGACGACGGCAUGCGAGGCAUCGAGGGAGGUGAUAUGACACACCGCCAACGUCGACGAGAGCGCCCUCACCGCCCUACCGACGACGAAGACGCCGAAUACAGACUGGCCAUAGAGGCAAGCAAGUAUGAGGCAGAAGAAGAUAAGAAACGCCGAGAAAAGAAUGCUUCCCGAGAUAUAGAGGAUGACGAGCUUGCCAAGGCCAUCAAACUCAGCAAAGAGGAAGAAGAACUGAGAAAACGGGAGCUUGAGGAAAGCAAUGCUGCAUCUCUCUUUGACGACUCGACUCCUCAGCCAGCUCAGCCACAGCCCACCGGCUACAACCAGGGUUACCAGCAGCAGGGUGCCGUGGACUGGUUUGGCAACCCAGUUGACCCCCAGCAACCAAUGUCCACAGGAUUUUUGAACAACCAAUAUGCACAGCCUACUGGGUUCCAGCCCCAGCAGACUGGCUUCAACAAUGGCUUUCCCAAUGGCUUCCAACAACAACCAACCGGUUUUGAUCAGCAAAAUUUCCUACAGCCUCAGCCUACUCUACAGCCGCAACAAACUGCCUUUACCGGUAACCCGUACGGAAAUGAUUUGUUUGGCCAGCAACAACAACAACAACAACCACAGAUGCAACCCCAGAUGCAACCUCAGAUGCAACCCCAGCAGCAGGACAACUUCCUUCAGCCUGGCUCCCAUAAUCCAUGGGCUAUGAAUCAGCAAAAGACGGCAGAGGCCUUGAAGCCAGCACCAACCGGAUCCAACAAUCCAUUCGCAUCAUCCUUCACACGCGCCCAAGCCCAGCAAUCUCAAGUACAGAAGACCGGACCGCCGUCUCUUAACGCUCUUGCAGAGCAGAAAACGGCAACCCAGUUUAACAACCCCAUUAUGAACUACCAGACACCUCAGCCACAGCAGCAGCAGCAGCAACAACAACAAUUCCAGCCCAUGAACAACCAGCAACAAAUCAAUCAAAACCCACAGCAUGCCCGCCUUAACGCGCUCCUCGCCACCGGCGACGGCCAAGACACCUUUGGUAACGUCGGCGAUCUACGUAUCCCCGCCCAACAUACCGCACCGGGUGUCUUCGUCAACUCCGCUGGAUCCGGCCUUAAUCACAUUCAAGCCUCAAGGACCGGCAACAACCCUUUCCUAGCCCAAAACUUCACUGGUGCACCCCAGCAACAGAGCAACGCCGGCUUUGGCUCUCAACAGAGCUUUGCACGUCCAAACCAACAGGGCAGCAACAACCUCAUUGACCUAUGA